AUGCCCUGGGAAAACACCAGGGAUUCAACAACGGAAUUGAUUAUUGAUAUGCCCAAUGAUGUAUUACAAGAAUUGAAAGAAAAACUAACAUUGAGAAAACUGGUGGAAAAAAUUUAUGAAACGGAAAAAUUAUGUAGAAUACCAAUAACAAGUGAACGAUUAAUCGAUUAUAAACAACCACAAGAAGAUGAUAAACCAAUAGAAUAUACACAUGAUAUUAAGCAGUAUGACAAUACUCGAUUAAGAAAUCAUGUGGCAAGGAGAACGGCAAUUGGAGCAAAACACACUGGCGCACAUCGAAUUGGAUACACAACUGAGCGUCGUAAACGACGUCAAACUGAACGUCGUAAACAGUGUAAAUAUAAACGUCAAAGGCAAGUGAAACUUUAUUAA